UGUAGAGAAGCUUGUUGCUAUUUAAGUGGGUGAUUGAUGACCUCCAUACCAGAUGACCGUAUAAGAGGUGGAUCAUGAUGUAUGAGGAUGAUUGUUGAUCAUGUAGGCGUGUGGUGACCAGUGCGCACUCUGUUUGUACAAAGAAAAAGUCAGUAUGCCAUCAUGACACACUAUAUGAAGCAAGCAUAGUUGUAUAGCUCUAAAAUGUCAGACCAGAAAGUUUGCCCUCCCUUUAAAAAUCUCUCCUGUACCCCUGUAUACAUUGCCUGGCCCUUUAUAUUUAAAUAAGUAAAUCCUUAAAAGCCUUUGACUGGAUUAUUACUGUAGCUAUUAAUGUGUUUCAGCUGAAGCCAUCCUUACCCCCUUGAGUUACCCCUUUCCCUGCUACUAGCUGUGUGUCCAUAAGAAAAGCACUUGUUCGUCGUCUAAGCAAAAGGAAGAAUAAAGAUUGGUCUUUGGAGCGAUGGAAAAAUGUCAUGUGAUUGAGCUUAUUCCAGAGCAAUGGGAACAUCAGGGUAAGAAUGGAAGCCCAUGAAGCGAUGAACCCAUCAUGCAUAGUGGCCACUGUAGAAACAUCUGGAGCCUCUAUCUAUUUCACAUGUCCUCAUACAAAUUUUUUUUGUAAUUAAUAAAGUACUUAUCUAUCUAUCCAUCCAUCCAUCUAUCCAUUCAAUCUUCUGCUCCACAUUUUAGUCCAGUAGGUGGCAACACUAGACCACUAAUACACUUAGGGAGAAGAAAGAAGAAGAACAACAACAGAUUCGUGCAGCUGCUCGAUUCAGGUUCAGAAUGAACAUAAUGGCAACAACUGAGUCCAGUAUCGAACAAAAGACUGACCUUCACCACUGCUCAGUUUGUGAAAAGAGUUUUAUGAAUGGGAACAUGCUCCAAACACACCCGUGUAUUUCCCAGUAUGAUCAUCUCCAGAAUCACAAGAGUGUUAAAAAAAGAGAAAAGCUGUUUAUCUGCUUACAGUGUGGGAGCAGAUUUACUUACAAGAGUAAUCUCAAAGCGCACCAGCGCAUUCACACUGGAGAGAAGCCGUAUCAGUGCUCUCAGUGUGAAAAGAGCUUCCGUCAGCAGAAUGCUCUCCAGCAACACCAGCGCAUUCACACCGGAGAAAAACCGUAUUACUGCUCCCAGUGCGGAAAGAGCUUCAGUCAGCCGAAUAAUCUCCAGCAGCACAUGCGCAUCCACACAGGAGAGAAGCCGUUUAUCUGCUUACAGUGUGGAAGCAGAUUUACCUACAAGGGUAAUCUCAAAGCACAUCAGCGCAUUCACACUGGAGAGAAGCCAUAUCUGUGCUCCCACUGUGGGAAGAGCUUCCCUCAGCAGAAUAAUCUCUGGCAACACCUGCGCAUUCACACAGGAGAAAAGCCGUAUCGCUGCUCACAGUGUGGAAAGAGCUUCGGUCAACAUUAUACUCUAAAACAACACCAGCGCAUUCACACUGGAGAGAAGCCAUUCAUCUGCUUAGAGUGUGGGAGCAGGUUUACUUACAAGAGUGCGCUUAAAAAACACCAGCUCAUUCACAGUGGAGAGAAGCCGUUUAUCUGCUUACAGUGUGGGAGAAGGUUUAAUUAUAAGAGUGCGCUUAAAAAACACCAGCUCGUUCACACCGGAGAGAAGCCGUAUCACUGCUCGGAGUGCGGGAAGAGCUUCAACCGACAGGAAGUUCUCCAUAAUCACCAGCGCAUUCACACCGGUGAGAAGCCGUAUCACUGCUCGGAGUGCGGGAAGAGUUUCACACGACUGACUCACUUUCAUGAACAUCAAAAUAUUCACACAGGAGAGAAGCCGUAUCACUGCGAACAGUGUGGAAAAUGUUUUAGUAGACGGGAUGCGCUCCGAAAACACCAGCACAUUCACACUGGAGAGAAACCGCAUCAAUGCUCAUAGUGUGGAAAGAGAUUUUUUUUCAAACAGGAAGCACUUUGGAAAGGAGACUUUUCACAAAAGAAAUAGCUUUACUUAACCAAGUAGCCAAAAGUGUUGUACCCCUGACCACUACAUUCUCUCUUUGAACAUAUAGACGGAACUUCACUCCUGGGUCUUUUUGCUUUUUAUUUUAUUUAUGAAAAUAAAUAUUUAUGUAAUUAAUUAUUUAAUAUGUGAACACUUUUAUGGUAGAUAGUCAUGUGUUGGAUAGACAGAUGUUUUAUGCAUGUCUCUUAGUGCUUUAAUCACAAACUGAAAAAUUAAUUCAUGUUUAUUCCUGAUCUCUCUACAAAAAGUUGCUUGGUUAUGGUAAAUGAAUCUGAGUUACACAGUUUUAAUGUCACAGGACUUUUAAAACUGCAUAUUUUUAUUAAAACCAUGAUUCCCUUAGAAUCAUCAAGGUUUAUUGCUUCCUCAGAAGUGGAUCUCUGCACGCCGUGUUAAUUUUGUCUGUUUUAUUCUAUGCUGCUAUUGCUAUCAACCUGAAUUUUUUUUUGUCAACCAUAUAAUGACAAAUAAACAAAUCGUUUCCAAAACUUUAUUUAUUUUAU